AUGGAACGCCAACAUUUGCUCCACGAGGCUCGCGAAGCGCUGGGCACUGCCCUGCACGGCCUCCCUGGCCCCAGAGGCCAGAAGAAAUCGAAGGAAGGCCAGCAGCGGCGCCCUGCGAGCUCUGAUCCACGCAUGUGGUACCUUUUGGGGCUGGUGAUGUGCAGCCUUGGAUCGGAAGCAGAAGGGCGACAGGCAUACCGCCAGGCCCUUUCGCUCUUGCCCAAGGGCUUGUUUGCCCAUGUGGUUUACUUCAAUUCGGCCUUGAUCUACUCCCGGGACGCAAUGGCAGGGAACUCGGCUGCUGAGGCAGCCGCAAAGCGUGCCCUGCACGAGUUCCGGCGCUGUUGCCGCGGCAUGCUGAGGAGCUGUGCGGAAGGGUCUCUCCGGUCAUGGCGCAACGAUGGGUUCGACUGA